AUGUGCUAUCAAGACGCUCGAGGUCACGAAGGCAGCGAUCCUCUGGGCCGCGGAGAUGACCACCACUUUACGCGGAUUGAUCCUGCCCAAGAAAUAGCUCGUGUUCGCCAUUCAAUAUCUCUUCUAGAAGCCUAUGUUUUUCCAAGCCAAAGAAAUCAUCUUGUGCCGCAUCGACGCGCUAGUGAUGCGUCGUCACUCAUAGUUCCAAAGAAGGAGGUAGUUGAUUUCGACGUUAACGAGAAAACCUCAACAGCUCCUGGGGUGCUAGGAAGUCAUGUCCAGGGUGGCUUGUACGCUGGACCCACGAGUGCAGCUACACAUUUGCUAAUGAACGAGAGCCGCGAAUCAGACGAUUCCGAAAGCAGACAACAAAGUCAGGACCAAGCUGAAGAUUUUCCAAUUAUGACACCAGAAUAUGAUCGCGACCUCCUUGCAAUGCUCCCGUCACUCGAUGUGAUAGACGGGUUGAUCUCCUACUAUUUUGAAUACUGCAACUGGAUCUACCGACAUGUGAAUCAACAAACCUUCAGUCGCCAGUGGGAGCGGUUCAAAAGUGGUACCUCCGCAGAUCGCAUCGUUUUGGCCACGGCCUGCGCCAUGAUGGCUAUUGCAACACAUUAUCUGCCUCAACAACAUCCUCUUUUGGUCGCAUUCCAUGACACCCACGAGGAGAUUGGUACUAGGUUUUUUGAAGUGUCUACUACAUCGCUGCAACGACGUCAAUCAGAUUCAAGGUCUUACAGCUUGGAACUGGCGGAAUUGCUGCUCGUGAGGUGUCAUUUCCUUACGCUCUCGAAGACAGACAGCGAAGAGAUCUGGCAUGUGAGAGGUGAGUUGGUGGCAAUAGGGAUGGCCAUGGGUCUUCAUCGAGAUCCGGGGAAGUGGAGAAUGCACAGAGAUGUCGCUGAACGUCGCCGAUGGGCCUGGUGGCAUAUCAUAUUACUUGAGCGAUGGCAAGCUUUCAUGUUUGGACGGCCUCUUGCGAUCGCAUCACAUCAUUUCGACACGCAGCUCCCCUCUUACUGUGAUCCGGCGCUUGACAAGACGGGCCGCCUUUACCUCCCUAACAUUGCCCUUUUCCGGCUAGCGUUUAUUCUUGGCGACAUCAUGGACGAUGCGGUUUCUGUGCGACCCGUACCAUACGAAAGUGUCCAAGCGAACGACCGCGCGCUGACUCAAUGGAUGGACAACCUCCCGCCAGAACUCGAUUUGGAUGAGUAUCGUGUGGCUCGUAGUCUGGCCUCACCCAAUAUUGCCGUGAGGCGGGUGGGUGUGCAGAGUGUGAUCAUUCGGACGGCAUAUUAUCACAUCCGCUUCACGCUUCAUCGACCUUACGCAAGCAUAAACGCAAACAUCUCAGCGACAAAGAGUAAGUCGUCCAACAUCGACCCGAACAAGACCGCGCAAAGUCUGGAGAUCGCAGUUGGGGCUGCAGAUAAACUUAUAACCAUGGUUGGGCAAUCACGGCCAGAUUUUUUGGCCAACCCGUCCCUCGCCGUUCCCGGACACAUGAACUGGGGCCCAUUCCAUUGUUUCUCAGCAGCCAUGUUCUUUUCAUUCCAAUUGAUUGCGAAUCCUGAUCAACCUGGGGCUGGGUUGUUCCGCGCCAGCAUAGGUAAGGCAAUGGUGACACUCGAGCAAUCAAGAGAUAUAGCUGUGGCCGAUAAGGCCUUUUCCAUACUUCAGGCCCUCGAACCACUAUACUCCGUUGAGUUGCCUACAGAGAGUCCUGAAGGAAGAGAAAAAGAACGCGCACAAAUACUUGGUAAAGUUCGAAAACUUGCAUUUCCCUAUCAUGAUUCCCAUGAUCCUCGACGUUACCACGACUCCCCGUCUGAUAGAGGCACAAUAGGUUCACCUGCCAACUCCACGUCGCUUAGUCCUCCAAUGCAAAUGAUGUCGUCACUACCACAGCAGUAUGAUUCCCUCCAGUCCCACACUCUAUCCUCCAUCCGUACGGCGUCCUCUUCUCUUUACCCCCAUCAUCAGCAAGCUGCAUCAGGUCAUGCCCAGACUCUCUCGCAAUCUCCACACACACCAUCGCAGGUCGUCUCUCAUACACAAAAUUUGUCUGGGAUGUCUUUUCAGUCCCCUACAUAUGCCACACCACAACAGCAUCAAAUAUACCACGACUCCACUCGCUAUGUUCAGUACGUACACCCUGCCGAUGAAUCGACGAUGUGGGGUGCUGCUGUUGGGUUUGGGCAAGGAGAAUGGACCCAAUUCUUGGACGGCCUACGGACUGAUGCCCCCUCUGGACGCCACCUUCAUGCUCCAUAA